GUUCAAAUUGUGGCGGGAUCCAAUCAGGGAAUGCCGAAUGUCUGAACUUAGAUACUGGCCAAUGUAAGCGCUGUACCAAGGGAACGCCCCUGACUUGUUUGGGCCGGCCUAUAAAAAGGACAUGAGCCGCCUGCACGGGGCUCUCUGGCUCUCCCUGCUCCACCAGCUUGGAGUGCGCAGAGGACCCAGGUUCAAACCUGCAAUAAAUGACCCUUGCUGCUUGGCUUUGACUCUGGACUCUGGUGGUUCAUUUUUGGGGGUCGCCCGAGUUCUGGGCAUUACAUUUGGGGGCCCGUCCGGGAUUUUCCCCUCAAAGCCCACCAGACCCCAAGUCAACGGGUCGUUUCCGACACCGAUCGGUAAGUGAGCCAGCUCUGUCUAUCUGUCUGUCUGCUUGUUUGUCAGUACCUGACUGUGUCUGUUGCACUGUCCAUUCCGUAAUUCCCGCGCGGGGUCUGUAUCUGGAACUGGCAAAGCCCUGGUGGGCAUGCUAUAGGGCAGUCAGUUGGGAGCGGAAGGAGACAUCCCCCAGCUCCCAUCUGAGGCACUAUUUGUGCCAUCUGGUUUAGGCGCCAACGAUCUGUACUAGGGACACUGCUGGGCCGUCUGGUUCACGCGCAACGAGACUCCAUUAGGCUGGGUGAGUGGGAUCUAAAUUCCCACCGGGAGGCCGGAGAGCCGGCUCACCUACAAGGGGUUUUGUUGAUGACGUCUGGUUUAUGUGCAGCGAUCUAUGUUUCAUGUUUCCCAUUGUCUGUUAGCCCCACUAUUCUGCCUCUCCAAUCUCUUUCUCCGGGGACUGCAGCCCCGCCUCAAUCAGUUCGGAAGCUAACUCAUCCUCGCACGGCAGAAGCUUGAGGAGGUGCCAAUCCAAUAAAAUAUUAGGUUGUUUUAUUCCCUAUAUUUACCUUCCUAUUGUAAUGUACUGUCACCCCUUUCCCCUCACCAUCAUUGCGACUUUUGCCUUAAUCCUUGCUAUCGGAUUGGCGGAAGUAGCCCCGGCCGGCUAGGACUGUGGUAAAAGGUUUCUGUUGGCGCUCACUUUGCUUAUUUGGGUAGGAUGUUUUGUUAGCCUCCAUUGUUUUCUCCCUUAGACCUUAUUUGUGGACUUAAAUCUCUCUGUCUCUUGGUUUUCAGCUAGUAUAUUAAAGGUUUGGCGGGAAGGUCCGCCAUCUUGAAAGGUUUGGUGGGAAGGCCCGCCAUCUUGAAGGUUUGGCGGGAAGAUCCACCAUCUUGGAACCUCCCCACCAACCUAUAAUUCAAUAAGUACUUCCCGUUAGUCACCAGCUCAACCUUCUCUUCUCUACAGAACAUGUGACAACGUCAGAGUACACCUCUUUCCCUUCUUCUAACCAAUUUCAGGGAUGUCCAAGCACGAGGUCAUAACUUAAGCUUAGAUAUCCGCCGAUCUAAACUUAUCACCCUUUGCCAGUCUGAAUGGCCCACUUUCGGGGUCGGAUGGCCCUCAGAAGGCACUUUUUACCUGCCAAUAAUUACGAAAGUUAGACUCCGGGUACUCCUACCAGGAAAGGAAGGCCACCCAGACCAGGCACCUUAUAUCCUCGUAUGGCAAGACCUUGUCGAAAACCCCCCACCCUGGAUUUUAUCUGCUAAUCUAACCAGAGCAGGGACACCAACUGCACCAGUCCUCCCUGACAAUCAGGACUAUUAUUAGACCCUCCCCUGUAUCUUUGGAGACCCCCACCUGUGGCCCCAAUGCCACAGCGGAACCACUACAGGUGGGGACAAAGGGUGGGGCUGAAGGACCAACCAACUGAAUGAGGGGGCAAAUUCAGCGGGACACAGCCCCCCGCACUCCUGACUCCACAGUAGCCCUCCCCCUACGGGAGAUCAGCCCUCCGGAUGAUACCGGUAACCCCCGGCUCCAAUACUGGCCCUUCUCUAUUAGUGACCUAUAUAACUGGAGAACCCAGAACGCCCGUUUCUCUGAUAACCCUAAAGACCUUAUCGCCCUUCUAGAAAGCAUAAUGUUCAUUCAUUAGCCCACAUGGGACGAUUGUCAGCAGCUUCUGAGAAUCCUGUUUACCAUGGAAGAGAGAGAGUUCAACUCGAGGCACGGAAAUUGGUUCCUGGAGAUGAUGGUCGACCUACUGUUAACCCUGAUCUCAUUAAUGCAGCCUUUCCCCUGAUGCGGCCCAGUUGGGAUUAUAACACCACAGAAGGUAGGGGACGACUGCUCAUUUAUCGCCAGACUCUAAUGGCGGGUCUCCGGGCUGCAGCACGCAAGCCCACUAAUUUGGCCAAGGUGUACUCAAUAAUACAAGGUAAGACAGAAAGCCCUGCUGUAUUUUUAGAAUGAUUAAUGGAAGCCUUUAGGCAGUAUACUCCCAUGGAUCCAGAGGCUCCUGAAAAUCAGGCCGCAGUUGUAAUGUCUUUUGUAAACCAAGCCGCGCCCGAUAUUAAAAGAAAGCUCCAAAAAUUAGAAGAUUUAGAAGGUAAACAGGUUCAGGAUCUACUCCGCAUCGCUCAGAGGGUAGACAACAAUCGAGAUGCCCCUGAGGAAAAACAACUCAAAGCCACCAGAGAAAUGUUCAAAGUUUUAGCUACCGUAGUCCAAGGGGACCAACGACGGCCCCCAGAUAAAAAUCAAUGCGCCUAUUGCAGCGAUAAGAGACAUUGGGUUCGAUGUGCCUACUGUGAAGAAAAGAGACAUGAGAUUCAAAGCUGCCCUAAAACCCAACCCCAUUGGGUCUCAGUGCUCUCAGAACAGUCAUGAUAUCUGGAUGGGGGACAGGACCUAGGCCUAAUCCACGCAGGCCGAACGAUAAAUUCCCCACCUUGGUGCCUUUUGGCAAAUGGUUAGGUCUCUUGUGUUCAUGGUUUCUGUCUUUGUUUACGAUGUCCAGACGCGGGAAGCAGGGUGACAAGGCUCACGCCAGAGCCAGGUCUCACUCUUCUCGGGCCGGGCUGCAGUUUCUCGUCGGCCGCAUCCACCGCCUGCUCCGCAAGGACAGUUACACCGAGCGGAUUGACACCGGCGCGCCAGUGUACCUGGCGGCCGUACUCGAGUACCUGAUGGCCGAGAUCCUAGAGCUAACAGGGAACACGGCCCGCGACAACAAAAAGAUGCACAUCAUCCCGCGCCACCUGCAGCUGGCCAUCCGCAACGACGAAGAGCUCGACAAGUUGCUGGGCCGCGUCACCAUCGCGUAAGGCGACGUGCUGCCCAACAUCCGGGCCGUGCUGCUGCCUAAGAAGACCGAAAGCCACCACGAGACCAAAGACAAAUGAUCUGGCAGUCCUCUGAGUUUCCGGAAGCGCUUUCAUACCCAAAAGGCUCUGCAAGACUAAAAAAUCCUAUCAAGGUAUACUGAUAAGGUUAAGUGACUAACCCACUUUUCAUUUCUAAGGUAAGUCAGGGACUGGCUUCCAUACUUGGGGCAGAUUGGAAAUUACAUUGUGCUUAUAGACCCCAAAGCUCAGGACAGGUUAAAAGGAUAAAUAAUAUCUUAAAGGAGACCCUAACCCAAUUGACCGUGGAGACUGGCACUAACUGAGUAGCCUUACUCCCCUACGCUCUGUACAAGGGUCAAAACUCCCCUUGUAAGGUCCGUAUCACCUGUUCAUUUCUUCACUAGAUUACUUUUUGGGUGAUAAAUUCUUCAUGUUGACCUUUUACCUGUUAUGCCAUGUACAAAUAUUUUCUCCCAUCUUGCCAAUUACCCUUUAAUGUUGUCAGUUGUUUCCUCCAACCCCAAGAAACAGAGACAAGACUCACCCAGAAGCUCCUUGCCCGCGCCUCCCCGCACAAAUCCGGACAGCAGACAAGACAGUCCCUGGGCC